AUGGCGUCAUGGAUUUCGGCUGGGAUGUUCGGCUCUGCUGCACCAGCUAAGUCGAAGGCGCCAGAGGACGACGAGCCAGUUGUACUGAGUAGAGACGACGUGAGCGACUAUAACGAGGACAACAUCCUUCCCCAAUCCCCAGAAACACUCAGCGAAAUACGCAAAUGGUUGCAACCUACCAGCUACGAUGACAAGAGUAGCGAAUUCAAGAAACAUCUGUCUUCACAUGUUGCUGGCACCGGCCAAUGGCUUUUAUCGUCAGACACUUAUCGUGAAUGGCACGACAGUUACCAAAAUGGAUUACUAUGGAUCCGAGGCAUCCCUGGGUCGGGUAAAUCAGUGUUUGCGGCUACCUUGGUCCAUUCUCUGGCUCAAGAGAGCGUCCUGGUCCUGUACUUCUUCUUUCGCCAGAUUAUCGACGCCAAUCAUAGUCCGACGGCAGCUUUGCGCGACUGGCUGGCACAGAUUUUGAAUUACAGCCCGCCGCUACAACUGAAACUGAAAGAAUUGCUAAAAGAGAAACGGUCUUUGGAGAGUCUAUCGUUCUCUGACAUCUGGAGCUAUCUACGAACUGCUCUCUCCCAUCUCCCCAAGGCUUACUGUGUAGUUGAUGCAUUAGACGAGAUGGACCAAGGGGAACACGCGGAUCAAUUCCUACAGUCUUUGGCUACACUUAGCCAAUGGCGACCUUCAGAGUUCAAAGUUAUUAUUACCAGCCGACCUGUGCCUAGCGUUGAAAGACCUCUCAGAAUGGCCAAGGCCCUCAACAUCCGGCUCGAAGAAGACUUGGUCGACAUUGAUAUCGCUAGUUAUGUCCAAAGCAGACUAUCCACGUCUUCAAUUCCCAAGGAAGAACAUGUCGCCAUUCAAAAAGCUGUCCCUGGCAGAGCAAAUGGUCUCUUUCUGUAUGCGAAACUGGCAAUAGACGCCUUUCUUCGACCGGGAGCAAACAUUCAGGAAGUUCUUCGAGAAUUGCCUGCCGAUCUCAACGUCAUGUACAAUGACCUACUCCGUCAGCAUGCUGAGAGGUCGGGAGUUCCCAAUGACACCCAGCUUCUAAUCCUUCAGUGGGUUACUCAUGCCAGCCGACCCCUUCGACUGCUCGAAAUUGCCGAAAUGCUGAGCGUUACGACGCAAUCUGAAGACAAGCCUAGCCUGCGAGAGACUAAAGACCUUGUCCGCGCUGCAUGCGGGCCACUCCUGGAGAUUAUGCCAAACGAAACAAUUUGCGUUGUGCAUCACUCCCUCACCGAAUUCUUGAAUGGGUCAACUAGGGAACCAGAUGCACAGGGCUACCCUAUUCUUGAUUUUGGGUCAACGCACAAUAGCCUCGCCAUUUGCUGUCUCUCCUAUCUCCAAUCUGGCUGCCUAGAUGAGGUUCAAGUCCGCCUGAGGAGUUUCAACAGUGACGAAUAUGAACGCAACUCGAUGGACAUGAAUCAACGAUGGCUUUCGACGCCUUUCCUCCGAUACGCUCUUUCGAAUUGGUAUAUACAUGUCAGAAAGGCGGCUUCGGUUGGCUUUGACCAAACGCAAGUUAACAAUAUGUUGGACAGUUUUCUCACUGGAGAGACGUUGUCGAAAUGGGCAUAUCUGUCUGGAUUGCUUACAAGAGCAUCUGAAACCACCCCUUUCUUGACUUCUAUCAUUCUAGGUCUCACGGAGUAUACAAAGAGACUGCUGAAGCAACCUGGAGCCUACCAGACCGAUAAAGACAAGGAAAUAGCCUCGUCAUUGCCCUUGGCUGCGAGCCAUGGAUAUGAAGAUUUGGUCAAAUUACUUAUGCAGCACAGCAAAAACCUGGACGCCGUGGACAGAAGGGGCUAUACCGCCUUGCACUAUGCUGCCAUGCAUAACCACAAAGGAAUCGCAGUCAAACUUCUCGAGGCUGGGGCAGAUCCGCUGGCUAAGAAGGCGGAAGCCGAGGGUACAUUUCACAUACCUGGAGGAGAAACCAGGUCGAAUGCGUUUGACUACGCAUGCAACUACGGCCACGAGGAAGUGGCAAUCGUUUUUCUGCCCUAUUUCAAGACCUCUAAAAUGAUUAACUAUGCAUUUCAUUGCGCAGUCAGUCGUAAUAGGGCCGUCCUGCUUGAGAAGAUACUAGAAAACCCUUUGGUGAAUGUGAACUCGCAGCGACACUACUGCGGCGUUACGGCUCUCUUCGUUGCUUGCAGCACGCAGAACCCCCAAAUGGUCAAGUUACUGCUUGAGGCAGGUGCAGACCCUAACAUUUUAAGAAGAGAUGGAAACCAGGAUUCGGACGUUCCAAAGGGGCAAACUGCUCUGUUCGAUUUGGUAUCAGGCAAAAGGGUCAAGAACGAAACAGAUACGCAGGCGGCCGUAGAAUGCUUUGAGUUAUUGAUUAGGGCUGGAGUCAACAUACACCAGUUGGACUUUGACGGCUGCACUGCACUGCAUUUGGCGACAGAUCCAGUCUUGGUACGUCUUCUGCUAGAUGCUGGUGCGGAUCCCAAUGCAGUCAACAGGUUUGGAGAAACUCUGCUACAUCUGUCUGAAAACCACGACAUCAUUCAGCUUCUCCUGGAACACGCAAAUGCAGAUACGACACUUAAGGCUAAGCCAGGUGGUUGCACCCCACUGCUUUCAGCCCUGGAGAAGGGAAUUAUUGACAAAGCCCUUCAGUUGGUCGAAUUUGGUGCCGAUUUGUUAGAGACAGAUGAUAAAGGCAACGGAGCCAUACAUUAUGUCCUAAGGAACCGACAAUUUAGCACCGAGCAAAGAAAUCUGCUUCAUCGCCUUGUGGCUUCUGGUGCUGACAUCAACCUUCGCAAUAACUCUGGCCAAACGCUGCUGCAUCUACUUGGUCAGGGUGUUAAUAGCAUGUUUCCGAGAUCAAAAUUGGAAAGUGUUGACCAGCACAUUCUCGCAGAUCUUAUCCAACUGGGCGCCGAUCUGGAGCUGAAAGAUAAUGAAGGCCAGACGCCUUUAUACAAGAUGAUUCGAGCCUCAUCAGACAGUCUCGCUCAAAGAGAAGCAUGCCAGACCAUGAUGGCUGCUGGUGCUCUCUUAAACACAACCGACUCGAAAGGACAAACAUUGCUUCAUGCUUACGUCUCCGGCGAUGGAAGUGAUGUUGAUUUCGUCAAGUUUUUGGUUUCCCAUGGGGUUGAUCCUCUCCAAACCGACAACGAAGGCAACACGCUGUGGCAUGUGGCUCUCCCUCGUUACUGCAAAUACAGCUUUGGAAAAUCCACCCAUCCGCCAACUCUAUUCGAGAAGUUCAUAGACAUGGGAGUCAGCCCAGAACAACCGAAUUAUAUCGGCCGCACGCCUCUUCAUGUUGUCAGUAGCUUCAGGCCUGGAUACUUCAGUCUCCACAACAGAUCUACUGAUAGGGAUGAGGUAACGGUAUUCAACUACGUUCUCGCACUCCAACAGAAUGUCGAUUACGCCGACAAUCGCGGAGUGACGGCUCUUCACUUGGCCGCCACCUUCUCUGAAUGGCAAACAUGGAGAUUACUACAAACUGGUGCAGACCCGUUCAAUGCGACCAGUGAGAGCUUGACUGCUUUGCAUCUUGCUGCACGUUAUGGGCAGUCUAAUAUUGUGGGAAUGCUCCUGGAAGCGUUGAAAAUGCAGUCUGAUACCGGCAACUUUAUUCGGACAAUCAACGUUCGAGAUGCCUCGGGCAAAACUCCCUUGUACUAUGCAUGUGCAUCAGGCAGGGUGCAAAUUGUCAAGUUGCUAAUCCAAGCUGGAGCUGAAGUAUGGGUGGAUCAGUAUGAAGGCUCCGCUUGGGAAGGCUGCGCUCACUUCGAGGAUAAGCAGAAUCGACUAGUCAGACGUGAAUACAACUCUGGACCUGACUGUGGCAGCGUCACGAUUACAGACAGGAGUCCGCCUAAGCUGACUCAAAACGAAGGUUGGGCAUUUGGAACUACGGCCCUCUAUUCUGAAGGAUUGCAUGAGAUCAUAAAGGUUCUUAUGCACUUCAAGAGCGGCAAAGCAGAGAUCAUUGACCAAGCGAUUACACACGCAGCGCAAGAGAAUUUCCAUUUCACUGUUGAGUGUCUUCUGAAUGCUCGAGCAGCAUUUCAGUUUGUGGAACCUUACCGUAACAAUGACCCAGCUGUUGCCUCCUGUCUUGCACUCAUAGAAAAACUCCGCGAUUCCCCUUCCGAGACUAAGCCAGCGCGGCCUCUUGACGCUCUGCGGGCCCAGGCACUACUGGAAAUAAGGACUCCUGAAGUGGCAGCGGAGAAAUGGAUGAAGAUGGACUGCUUGAAGGUUGACGAAAAAGCCGAAACCGUACUCCAUCGUCUGGUAUCAUCAGGCGAUGAUAUCAACCUUGCCCGCCUUGCUACGUUGGAGGUUGCUCAAAAGUUUGAACAACAAGACUGGUGCAGCCAAUACGACAGGGGAAACUAUCGGGUCCAGCCACUUCUAAUCGAGGCUUGCGAUCGCGAAGAGCCGAACAUGGAUGUCAUACGUGUUCUUGUUGAAUCUGUCGGGGUCAAUCUGAACUCAAGAAGACGGCUGGGUGGUUUUUCCAUUGGGGAGGGUGCUUUACACAUCCUGGUGCGAGGUGGCUUUUGGUGGCAAACCUCGGUGGCACUUCCGUAUCUCGUACAAAAAGGCGCCGAUAUAGAGAUUCGUGACGGAAACGGCCUGACGCCCUUGAACGCUGCUCUCGAGCGCGUUGGGUCGAUCACUUUCAACAGGCGCCUUGUCGAAAAACUCAUAGAGCUUGGUGCAGACGUCAACUCAGUGGACGAUAAGGGCAAAUCUUGCCUCUCACGCGUGGCUGGAGAUACGAAGUUGACCAAGUUCUUGCUUCAAAAUGGAGCCAUUGUGUCUUCCUCGGCGUUGAUUGCCGCUAUUGACAAUAAGGAUCCCGGGUUGCUCGAGGCACUGCUAUCUACUGGCGCUGACCCCAACGUGCAGCAGACCAUAGAACAGAAGCAAGGUAACAAUUUUUUUGGAGGGGACAACGCUGACCACGACAUAUACGAAAAGAUGGCUCGCAUAUUGCUUCGCUAUGGCGCAGAUCCAAACGCACAAUACGCCGCAGAAUUUGGAAAGAAAUCAGUCAUUAGCCACAUAUCCAGUCUGGGCCGUAUCGGUUGGUUAUUCUCUGAAUGCCCAUCGCUGGACCUGGAACUUCGCGACGGUUCUGGCAAGACAUUGUUGUUAGAAAUAUGCGGCACCAAAAUUUCAGCUUUUGGUCGACGAUCUGAAAUCCCCAACGACGCGGACGACUUUAUACUUUCCACCCUACAGAUUCUGAUCAAUCGUGGCGCCGAUGUUCGUGUGCGUGACUACAGCGGUGAGAACGCCCUUCAUCAUCUUCUUAGCCCUGGAAAUCACUCGAUCGCGAAGCCGGUAAAGUGGUUUGCCACCCACGCCCCGGAACUUGUUAAUAGCGUAUGUGAUAAUGGCAUAGCGCCGCUUCAUCUGGCCAUUCUACGGCUCGGUUCUGAGACCUCAGCACCUUUGGAUGAGAUUGAAGUCUUGCUCGAUUCAGGUGCAGAUCCACAACUUCGCGAUGGAGAGGGAAACACGACGCUUCACCUGCUUUUGACAAGCCAGUGGAAAGCAUCUAUCGAUGGUACGGUGGGGGGGAACCGCCGCAAGUUAUUCGAACGGCUCGUGGCUACGGGCGUAGAUGUCAAUGCGCGCAAUUCCAAGGGCGAGACACCUGCGUUCGCUUUCUUCCGCCAUGGUGGUUUUCAAUAUGUUGCUCAGCAUUUCGACCCAUCCACGAAACCCCUUUUUGACUUUGGACCCUCCUCAAAAAGUGAAGAGGCCCGGCGCAAUCUCAUAAAUGAUGGACUUGAAGCGCCUUUUUUCCAGUUCUUGGAACAAAGCGGCGUAGAUUUCAAAGCGGUUAACAAUACCGGGGAAACAUUAUUACACAUUGUUGCCGCGGAUAAGUCUGGAUCAAGGCCAGUGCCUAAAAAGCGGGAAAAGAGAUUCCAGUUUCUCAUGAGGAAAGGCGUGGAUGUUGCGGCAGAGGAUAACAAUCAGAGAACCGCGUUGGAUGUUGCUGCUGCGUUAAACAACAAGGCUAUCUUGGAACUUUUUGAAAAGAAACCAACCGCGGUUUCAGAAGAUCAAGUUCAAAAAUCGCCCGUUUUUGCCCCAGUUCGUUUGUUUGGCUAG